CCUCACUCAAAUUGUCUAUGAAUAAAAAAGUAUAAACAUCCGCGCAAAAUGUCAAUACUUGUUUUGUUGAACAUCGCGAUUUUGCCAAAUUUACCUUGAAAUACACAAAGUUUCAAAGUAACAGCUGGAUAUUGGAUAGCUGUCUUUUACACGUUUUCAGAUUUUGAGGCUUCAGCCGGUGUCCAUCAAAAUAUGCAGCGUAAACCAGGGUAUCCAGUGGCCAAUUGCAACAUAAAAAUGCCAGACAGUGUGCCUCUGUCAGAGGCGGUGCCCUGUGAUGAUGAGAGUGACCAGCAGCAGAGGAGACAGCAACUCAUCAACUUUGGACAUGCGCAGUGGGGCUUCAAUAACUGGAGUUGGACUGUCAACAAACAGGACCUGGAUUUUGUGGACUUCUCAAAUGGAAAAUACUGCUGUGGAGUGGCUGCGUUUGUGUGCGUGACGGUGAAAUCGUUCGACAUACGCAGGGAAAACGUUGGCUACGCGACCUGCACCGCACAUCUUAAAGGCUCUGCUAUACAUCAGGCUAGGAAGUGUGCAGUAACAAACGCCCUUCGCGAGACGCUCCUCAGUUUCGGCGGCAGCGUGGCCACGGAGCUAAUGGAGACGCUCGAGGCUCACAGGACGGAGCCGGUGCCCGUAGGGCCCGCGUCCGUGCCCGUAGUCCCGCCCCCGAUGCCGGAGCCCCAGCCCGAAAACAACCAGAACAUCGCAAAUAGAGACCCCAAGAACUCCCCGCUGCCGAAAAACAUACCGAGGAAGGAAGACGCCAACCCGGUCAAUAUGAGACAUCCUCUACCACCCGCGAUCAAGAAUGUGGUCCCCGCCCCGCCGCCGCCGGUCGCCGCGGCGCUGCCCAUGCCCGCCCCGCCGCCCGCCAGCAGGCCGCCCGGGCCCGGCGCGCCGAGAGCGCCCGCGCCGAGACACAACUCUAACGUAAGUUUCGUCCUCCAACCCGUCAUGGGCGGGGUGGUCCCGCCGUUAUACGCGCCGCAGCCGAGAAUGCAACACGUCACGCCUCCGCACGUCUACCCGAACUACUACGAGUACGGCCCCUGGCAUUUCACUUACGAGUCGUACGACCGACACCACGGUAACGUUAACCUAAACUUCAAUAUCCCGCCAAAAAACUUAGUUGUCAACGGUCGAUCCGGCUCGGUCGAGUGUAAGAACGCCUGCGGGGUCCGACCGAACGGUCCGGAGGGCGAGCCUAUCCAGUACCAUCCCCCGCAGAACCAGGGCUGCUGGAUAAAACCGACUAUCUUCUAUGAUGGCUUCUGGACGGAGCAGAAAGUUAAAAAGUGGGUAGCGGAGCAGGUUGAAAAACAGUUCCCGGAGGAUGCAUCCCAAAAGUCCACUUCUCCUAGUAAUAGUGGGCAACCGGACCCUAAGUCUUAACGGCUAUCUUAUGAAAGUUACCUUUUAAGUAUAUUUCGUAUUAACCGGUUUUGAAAUUGAAAAUUUAUGUCUUGGUGUCUAUGGGAAGCACUGCUAUACUGCAAAAUUCAAAACGAAAUCACAUCAGUUUUCGUUUUUUAUGUCAAAUGUUUGUAGUUUUAGCUCUGAUUGUGUGCUUUGCCGUGAAUUUAAACUCUUAUAGAAAAAACAGGGACGAACAUGACAUCAUGAUGUAUUUAGUAUAACAGACACCAUUAAAACUAGGCAUUUUAAUCUUUGAUAGUUUACAAAAACGACAUGGAAUAAAUAAUUGAAUUGGUAAAAUAAAUAAAAUAUUAAUUUUAACAGAGACCAUUUACCAAUAAACUGCCAACACUGAAAAAAAAAGACAAACGAUAUAACCACUUACAGAAGAUGUUUGAAUAAAUGCCUAAAUUUUGUUGUUUUUGUAAACAUCACAGAUUUCGUGGUGUAAGGCAAGCUAGUACCACAUCGCUUAUAAAUUUCAAGUAUUCAGCGUUUGCAAGCCUAAAAAAUAAGGUCCUAUAUUGACCUACUUCACAUAGUUUUUAUUCCAUUUAAAUUAUAAAUGUCACUACAGUGCAGGUAAUAAUAAUAUAGCAAUUCGCAUAUGAUGAGAGUUGCAUCACACUCUCUGCAUGGAAUUUGCAAUGACAGAGUGUGGCAAUGUCAUUAUAUUAUAAAUCUCAAUUUUCUCACUUAGUUGUAGUAAAAAAGUGCCAAUUUAGUUUUUUGAAGUAUCAACUCGAAGGUAAAGUACAAACAUGAGUCUAAUAGCCCUAAUACAACCGAGUUAAAAACAUGUCUUUCUAGCUCUCACUUGUGGUGUGGGAUGACGUUUGCACGACGCGGUUGUCUGUUAGGGCCUUAAGAUUUGAUCCUUAAAGCACAGUAUAAUAAAGAGUACUAUCGUAUCAAUCUCGCUCCCCGCUGAAAGUGCCGCCCACCCUCGCUCGGUUACCUCACUGUUACCGCCUGUCAAAAAGCGAACAGUGACCUGUCAUAUUUCACUCAUACAAGCAUGGUACGCGUUCACCUACACGAGCUUAGAAUGUGUGUUAGGUACGCGCCUCUUUCAUAUAUUUGAUCGCCAGUGUCCGAGAUGUGCUUAAAGUGUCGAUUUGUGCGAUAUUUUAUUAUCUGCAAUGUUGUUGGCAAUCUAAGAAGUUACGGUAUUUGGAAUCUCGAAAUUUAGCACACUAUUUUUGAGUCGUUUUUCCCGAAUUAUGGCGUAAGUGUUAUUAGUGCUAUACGGUGACUAUUUAGGGUAGUUUAGGCUAGGGGUAGUUUCACGCGAUACAUUUCAUAGGCAAUUGAAAGCGGAAGAAAACUGUACAAGUAGUUAUGAACUUGAAUGUACCAAAGAUGAGUAUAAUAAAGCCUGCUUAUCUCUAUACAAAGAAUUCAAAACGUUAUGAUAGUAAGGGUUCCUUUUGUACCUUUUUGGUACGGAACCCUAAAAAUGAGAAACCUUAUAGAAGCUUACAGUCUUUAUUUUAUAGUCAUCUCUGGUACCUUACACGGAUUGCUGUCUAUAUAACUUCACUGUUAGAAAACGAUUUAAUCAAAACACCAUGUAUUAUAGUGGCACCUAUAUAUCAAAAACAUAUAUUAAAUCGAGUAUUUCUGAACAUAAUAAUCCCAAGAAAAAUAUUCCAAAUAUUUUAAUGCGUGUU